AUGGUUGAGGCAAGUAUUAAGCCCAAUUCGGGUACCAUGGCGGGUGCAAUAUCGGCCUGUGCAAAGUUGAGGGACUUGGAUUUGGGUGAGAGGGUAAGUGCUUACAUAAGCGAGACAGGGCUCAUGGCCAAUACUUUUGUGGUGAAUGCCCUUAUUCAUAUGUACUUUAAAUGUGGAGCCGCGGAUAGAGCAAAACAGCUUUUCGAGGAAUGUGUUGAUAAAAACUUGGAAUUGUACAAUGUUGAGCUAUCAAACUACGUGUGUCAGGGGAUGGAAAGAGAAGCUCUUGCUAUAUUGGUUGAAAUGUUUCAACGAGGAAUACAGCCAGGUAGGGUUACAAUGAUAUCUGUAGCGUCAGCAAUUUCACAGUUAGGCGAUUUUGCCUUUGGACGGCAGUGCCAUGGUUAUGUUAUGAGGAAUGGAUUAGAUGAUUGGCAAACUGUUGGUAACGCCAUUAUCGACAUGUAUGCAAAUUGUGGAAAACAAGAAUUGUUGAUCGCGGGUUUUGCAAGAAACGGCAAUGUGGAUUCGGCUUGGGAAUUGUUCACUGAGAUGCCAGAGACUGAUGUUGUGACGUGGAGCACCAUGAUUAAGGCUUUGGUGCAUGGGAGAUUAUUUUACGACGCAAUAGAACUUUUCAGAGUAAUGCAGAAUGAAGGAGUGAAAGCAAACAAGGUGACAAUGACGAGUAUUGCUUCUGCCUGUGGGUACUUGGGAGAUCCUGAUCUUGCAAAGUGGAUCUACCGUUGCAUUGAAAAUCAGGGGAUUCAUCGCGACUUGAAGCUUAACAAAGCCCUUGCUAGCAUGUUCCGUAGGUGUGGUGAUACUGAAAGCGCAAUGCAGGCCAGGGACGAGUGGGUGUCUGCAAAGUAUCUGUGCUCAUUGUUUCAGGUUACGGGAUUCGCCUAUGCCUUCGUUGUGGGCCUCCCCGCAGCGGCUAUGUACUCCUAG